AAUUUUUCGCCAUCUCUUUGCCUUGGCGGGUGUCAAACAACCGCCAAGAUUCAGUCAGCUGUGUGCCAGUGGUCUCGGAAGACCGUGAGAGAUUUUUUUCUUCAAGCAAGUGCAAUCGCACUGAACUGCGGAUAUUUACUUCUCCAUGUUCUGGAUGACCAUCGUGACGGUCCAUAAUGGCCGGACACGAGCAAGAUUUUAUUUUAAGUGGCCUUUUUAUUACUAAAAGUGAGAGAAUUCGUGUGAUUUUGAACAAGGAGUGCCUUUUGUGGGAAUCUGAUAAUUUAUCAAAAUCUAAAAAUGUUGUUCUAUUGAAGCACAUAAUAGCUGUUACACCUUGUGAUUGUUCUGGCUAUAAGCAAACAAAACCAGUAUUAUGCUGCUAUUGCCAGAUUCAAGAGCUUCGAACUGAGCAUUCAGCAUCAAAAUAUGUUUUGCCAGUGAACGUGCGAUCAAUAAAAGUUCAUUAUGCUGUGCCUUCUGGUAGACAUAAAUGGAAACUUGCUAGUCAUGUUCUACAACCUCUUGAUGCGGUGAGAGUGAAAGAUUGGAUCGAUUCUAUUCAAGAUUUAUUAGCAGAAUUGAAUAGGCCUAAACACCUGCUAAUAUUCAUCAAUCCAUAUGGAGGAAAAAAGAGAGGCAUCAAAAUAUAUGAGAGAAAAGUUUUACCCAUUCUUCAUCUUGCUGGUGUUGAUGCACAUGCUGUUGUUACCCAACGACCAAAUCAUGCCAAGGAAAUGAUUGCUGAUAUUGAUAUUUUGAAAUAUGAUGGGAUACUAUGUGUCGGCGGAGACGGGAUGUUCAGUGAAAUUUUGAACAGUGUUCUCCUGAAGACACAAAAGGAAAAAGGAAUAGAGAUGGACGACAUGUACAAUCCACUGGUGGUGCCCAGAAUACCUCUUGGUAUUAUUCCUGCUGGUUCCACAAAUGCUGCUGUCAAUUCCAUAACAGGAUCUUCGGAUCCACUAUCUGCAACCCUCUUGGUAGUAAUGGGUGAUAUCACAGGCAUUGAUCUUUGUGGAGUGUACAGUGCUGGACGCUUCCUCAAUUUUGCUAUUACUUUUCUAUCUUACGGAUAUUUUGGUGACAUUAUUAAAGAAAGUGAGAAACUUAGGUGGAUGGGACCAAAGCGUUAUGAUUAUGCUGGUUUAAAGAGGAUACUAUGCCAAAAGGUUUAUGAAGGAGAGUUACAACUUCUUGUAGAUGUUCCUACCAAUCAAGCAUUAAUGAAAAAUGAUAGAUGCUGUGUUGAUUGUGGAACGUGUAGAAAUGCUACUCAUCUGCCUCGAUCUGACGGUGAAAGUAUGAAAAAAAUUAGAUGGCUCUCAUUGCGUGGCAGGUUCAUAGCAGUGAAUUCAGCCAUCAUUAGUUGUUCCUGUGUCAUGUCUCCCAAAGGAAUCUCACCCUCUCAACAUUUGGGCAACGGUUACACUGAUGUCAUUGUUGUUAAGAAAUGCUCUCGUUUAAACUAUCUGCGCUACCUCCUCAGAACAUCCUAUCAUCAUUCAGAUCCAUUCGACUUAGAUUUUGUGAAAGUGUACAGAGUGCGAGAGUUCAAGUUUAACCCUUUUGUCACUGAUGACAAGACCCCCGCCACAGGCUGUGUAGGUCUGCAGGACGGCUGGCAGGAAAUGAACACCAGCGUCUGGAACUGUGAUGGAGAAAUUAUAAAUGAGCCUUCUCUCUCUGCUAAAAUACAUUGUCAACUUUUAAAUGUGUUUGGACGUGGUUUUGAAGACCGAAAGACAAAUCAUUCCUCGUGGUCAGAUUGUUUCAAAUUCCUGAAGAGAGCUUAAAUGAAUGAUGAUAAGUAAACAAUGCCUUUAGGCUUUAACAAUGACUAUAUUAAACACUUCCAGUUCUUAAAAUGAUGUGAUAUUCACAGGUUUUACAUUGUAUGGUAUUUUUCUGGUUUUAUGCACAGUUGUGUUGUUCUUUUUGUUUAUCUUCUAUCAUUCCUUGAUUGGUUUAUUUGAAAAGUACGUACUGAAUAAUCCUGUGCUACUUGGUAUAGAAUUUAAAAGAUCUGAACUAAAAUUGGAAAUUUUAUUACGAAACUUUUAAAGAGCUUUAUCUUAGGUAAGAACCAAUUUUAGUGUUAAAUAUAACAGUAUUGUUAAUUAUACUUUUUUAGUAAAACUCAGCCGUAAUAGAAAACUGCAAUUUUAACCUUUUUUUUUUUAAAGUUUCCAACGAUGAAGCUAAAAUUUAACUGUAGUAAAACCUCUUAAAGGAAUUUUUCAUAGGAAUAAAAGAGAACUUCUUGUAUAUCAAAACUUUUUUUUCAGGGAUAUGCUAAACUCUAUUUGAAAAAAAAAGCAUGUAAUAUAUUGUAAGACUGAUAUACAGAAGUGUAUAUUUACUUUAAAUUAUCAUAAACUUAAAAAGUUAUACUUAUUGAAAUUUAAUUUAGUUAACUAUAAAAAACAAAAGUAUGAAUUUAAUUUAAUAUGCAGUGCAAAGUCCCAUAUCCGGACGUCCGUUUACAGGAAGGAUCUUUUUACCAAACAAUUUUUAACAAUCAAAAUAAACAUAACUUUUUUUCCUUUUGUUUAAAAGAAUGGUUUUUUUUCCUUUACAUUUGUGACCUGUUAAAAAAAUUACUCAGGGAUGAGAAUCUUCCACUUUUUCGCUUCUUUAUAAUCUUUAGCCACUUUGCGAUUUUUGUUGAUUUUAAUCCAAUAUCCGCUAAAGUAUAAAAAAUAAUUGAAUAUCACGGAAACGAAAUCCAGCAUUUCACUACUGUGUGAAAAAAAUUGCGUAUUUUUUCUUAUGUCUAACAUAAAAGGGUUAUUAUUGUUAAAAAUACACACUAAAUUUCAGAAUAUGAUAGAAUAUUUCAGAAUAUGAUAUUGAAAUAGAAAGCC